AUGGUUAGAUUACUAAAAGUCGGAAAAGGAAAAGACUCAGCGCUCCAUUCGCCUACUUCUAAAGAGGCUGUUGACUUUGAUAUGCAAGUUGAGUACCCAGUCACAUCUCCAGAGCAAGAUAUCGAAUUCGAGAAGAUCAAUACUUAUUUGAAUGAAAAAGGAAUCCCAGAACUAUUCAAUAAACUCCUCACCCAAGUGAUCCAUGAUAAGCCUGAGAACGUGAAAAGCCAUAUCUUGCAGCAGCUCACGAAACUCAGAUAUUUUAGAGAGCAUCCUAAUAUGCAGGAGCCAAGGUACUUUACAAAUGAAGAGUUCGAGACUAUGUUUGAGGCUUAUGAUAUUGCGGGAGAAAACAGCUUGCCUUAUCAGUGCUUGGUUCAAGCCUUGACUAUUUCUGGAAUUGUAAAUCCAGAAGAAGCACUGAGAGAAGAUUUUCCUGAGCUGACUGAAGAGCUAAAAUAAUUAAAAUAUGGCGUCUUCGUCUAGGCAUGGCCUCCCGGCCAUGCAGCCUCGACUCAUAUUUUAAUUAUAUCCGGCAAGGUUUUACCAUUUCAGAGAUGGACAGCAAUGCUAGGUAAGCAAUUCUGGUAGCUUUCAGAGCCUAGCCCUAGUCUAUUCUCAGGGGUGAUUUUUCCUCGUGGGGAAGGAAGGUGCAGGGUUGGAAAGGGGAAGCCCAGCAAAGUCCUCUGGACCAUUCGGGCAACUCCCUAGCGUGAAACUGGGCGUUACGUCCCAGGCUUUGCAUUUUUCCUUUUUGCCGAUAGCCGACCAGAAAAAUCCAUUUUUUGGGUUUUUCGGAAAAGCAACCCAUGUACAAGCAAGUAGCUCAUCCAUGAGCCGUCGAAGACGUGGACAUUUGCCCUAGAAGCACCUUGGCGAUCGAAGCGAGUUUGUCUCCAGCAGGCUGGUGGGCCCGAUGCGACGAAAGGCGAGUGAUAAACCUGGAGUUGUAACCCCGUAGUGGACGUUAAGCGAUAUAAAUUCUAUAAGAUAAGACUGAAGAGCUAAAGGUGUCUAGACCUAAAUUUGUGCAAGUUAUGAUGCAGGAGUUUAUAAAAAGAGGCUUUAGCUACUAA